AUGCCAGCAGAGAAAGCUCCGCGGGGACAGAUCCGCUGUUCUCGCACGUUCCCGUGUACUAGCUGCUCCUCCGCGUUGGCCAAGUGUGAGUUCCGGGAGAGCGACUUCAAGCGACCGCCCGUGUCGCGCGAGAAUGUUGCGACGCUCGAGUCCCGCAUCGCGUCGCUCGAGAGUCUCGUCGGCAGGCUCAAAACCGCGGAUAGUGAUGAGCGCAACCGGAUCCUGGACGACCUGGAGGACCAGGACUAUGUACCUUCGUUUUCCAGCCUGCCGUUGGAGGAUGAAAUCGCACUGAGUGAAGCCAUGACGAAGGCCUCAUUCCAGGAGAUGACUGACGGUUCACUAAUCUACCACGGGCCGACAAGCAUUUACCAGAAUGAAGCCAGCAGCCCGGCGUAUCCCCCCACCAGCUCGCCCACAGUUUCGAAGCCAUCAUUCGUCCACGAGAAUAGGGAAGUUCUGGUCAACGACACCAUGCGCCUCUGCAUAGGUCUCUUCUUCCAUUGGCAGUAUCCGGUGGUCAUGUUCAUCGACAGAGAAUCAUUCAUCCAAGAGUACGAAGCUAACCCCGUCAACGGUAACUACUGCUCGCCGCCCCUCAUUUACAGUAUGGCUGCAAUCGGCGCCCUCAUGUCGAGGGACCCGGAUGUCAAGGCAAAGUCACCUGGUUUUGCCGACACCGCACAAUCAAUACUGAUGACGAUCGAGUUCGGAGUCUCGAGACCAACAUCAGUCCAGGCCUUCCUCUGUCUCUCCUACUACGAGACCGGGGUGGGCAAUAUGUCCAAGGCCUGGGUCUAUACAGGCAUAGCUUACAGAAUGUGCCAAGACCUCGGUUUGCAGAGAGAUCUUGCACACUGGAGUCCUGAUGCCAAGUCCAACCUAUCAAGCCCUUUUCCUUUCAACAAUGAGUUUCGACGGCGCGUCUAUUGGGGCUGUUUUCUAUCAGACAAAAUGUUCAGUCUUUUCCUCGGCCGCCCGACCUUCUUACUCGAUCCCCCGAUUUGGGACAACUGGCUACAGGCCCAUGGCCUCGGGUUUCUGCAGACUGGGCAACCAGGCGGCCCGAGACUGACGCCGUGGUUCAACCAGAUGCUCGAGCUGGGUCGGAUAGUCCACGAUAUGCUGUCCAAGACCUUCGCCCCGAAAAAAAUGAAAGACCCUUCGGCUAGGAGAUGGAACGAACUGUCUCUGAGUAAGCUGAACGCUCGGCUGGUCGCGUGGCAUGAGGCGCUACCGAGUGAAAUGAGGUGGAAGAAGUGGACCACCAACAAAGACGUGCUCCAACCGCAUGUGGCCUGCUUGCAUACAUUCUAUCACUCCACUCGCAUCUGCCUGAAUCUGCCCUUCAUCACGUCCGUUCGGCAAAUACCUAGCGUCCCAGAUGGGGAGGCCGAGGACUUGACCAACCCGAUCAUCAAGUCGUUCAUCAUAUGCCAGUCGUCGGCGCAGAGGAUAGUCGACGUCUUACAGCGUUUCAGAGCCCAGCACACCCUCGAGAACACGCCUCUGAACUUCAUCGGCGCCACUAUUCUCGCGACAAACGCCGUCUUGGCCACGACACGGCGCCAGAGCAGCCCGCCGUCGUUGUUGAAGGAUACUUUGCUGCCUUUCCUGGACAGCGCCCUGGAAGAGCUGUCCUCGUCGUGGAAGCUUGCCGGGGAGGCGCGGCAGAAGGUCAGGAACGCGCUCAACUUGGCGCAGGUGCGGCAUCCGCAGUCGCCGGUCAGGACCAGACAGCCGGAUCGGGCCACCGACGGCAAAGACCGGGCCUGUGACCAGCCGCCCGUGGUGAACCCCGUUGAGGCGCAAGCCAGCGCGGAUCCGCCUCUGGAAAAGUCCUCGGGCCCAGAGGAGACUGUCUUGGACCCUAUGGGCUUGCUCGAUAGCGAGGCGGCCUACUGGGGGGGUUAUAGGAAUGAUAUGGUUGAUGUUUGGGAUGCGAACUUUGUCAACCAUCUAGCAGACGCAGACUGGCUGAAUCAGCCACACAUGCCAGAAUAA